GGACCAUUUGACCCUAAAGCAAUCCAAUGAAAUGCAAUGCGUUGGGACAAUGCACUCUUUCUCUCUUGAUCUGCAACAAUGAAAACGAAAUUGGCACUCCUCUUCAUCGGUAACGAGCAGGAGGGUUGGUUGCAACAACUUUCACCACCCUCGAUCCUUCACCGCUGUCGUUCCUUCACCACCGUCGAUCACCAACGACUCCUUCCAGCUUCUCUCCUUCAUCACAUCAAAAACAAAGUCAGGCCAGAAAGUUCAAUAGCAGAGGGUUAUGUUGCAGACGAGGCUUUGACAUUCUGUUCUAUGUAUCUUGAGGGAAUGCAAACUAAAUUCAACUGUGCUGAUAAAAAUGAUGAUCUCGGCCUUUCAGAAAGGAAAUUUUAUGCGUUCUCAUCACAAUGUUUAACAGUGGCAACUAAGAAAAUUGUCGAACUUUGUAAAGAGGUCAAAUAA